GUUCAGACAAAGAUCAUGGUUGGGACUAGCUGGCCACAGAUGAAGCCUCAGACCAGAAACACAGUGGUGCAAAUGGAUCCAGACACAUUCUUCUACAACUUUUAUAAUAGACCCAUCCUUUCUCAUCGGAACACCAUCUGGCUGGGCUACGGAGUGAAAAUGAAAACAAACGACGGCUCAAGGCCCCCUUUGGUUGCAAAGAUCUUUUAAGGCCAGGUCUAUUCGAAGCCUCAACACCACCCAGAGAUGAGAUUCCUCCAUUGGUUCCGAAAGCGGAAGCCGCAUAGUGACCAGGAGUACGAGGUCACCUGGUUUGUGUCCUGGAGCCCCAGCCCAGUGUGUGCAAGGAAUGUGGCCGAGUUCCUGGCUGAGGACGGGAAGGUCACCCUGACCAUCUUCGUGGCCCGCCUCUACUACUUCUAGGACCCACAUUACCAGGAGAAGCUUCACAGACUGUGUCAGAGAAGAGACAGUCCGCAUGCCACCAUGAAGAUCAUGAGUUAUGGUGAAUUUCAACACUGUUGGGACAAGUUCGUGGACAACCAAAGAUUGUACAAGCCUUGGAAUAAGCCACCUAAACAUUACACAUUACUGCGCAUCACGCUGGGGGAAGUUCUCGGACACCUGAUGGAUCCAGUCACAUUCACUUACAACUUUACCAAUGACCCUUCAGUCCUUGGACGGCACCAGACCUACCUGUGUUACGAGGUGGAGCACAUGCACAGUGGCACCUGGAUCUCGCUGCACCAGCAUGGGGGCUUCAUACUCAAUGAGGCUUCAAAUAAUUCUGGUUUCCCUGAAGGCUGCCAUGCAGAGCUGUGCCUCUUGGACCUGAUUUCCUUUUGGAAGCUGGACCUGGCCCAGCGCUACAGGGUCACCUGCUUCAUCUCCUGGAGCCCCUGCUUCAGCUGUGCUGAGAAGGUGGCUGAAUUCCUUCAAGAGAACCCACACGUGAACCUGCGCAUCUUCGCUGCCCGCAUCUAUGAUUGUCAACAAGGUUAUAAAAAGGGCCUGCACAGGCUGGACAGAGCUGGGGUCCCAAUUUCCGUGAUGAAAUACAGCGAGUUUAGGCACUGCUGGGACACCUUUGUGGAUCACCAGGGACAGCCCUUCCAGCCCUGGGAGGGACUAGAUGAGCACAGCCAAGCCCUGAGUGGGAGGCUGCAGGCCGUUUUCCAGGGAAACUGAUGGAUGAGCCUCAGUCUCUGAGGAAGGCAGAGACCUGGGUUGAACAGCAGAAUAAAAGAUCUUUUUCCAAGAAAUGCAAUCAGGCUAUUCACCACCAUCUUCAGCUGAUCACAGAUGCCAACAAAGCAAUGCGCUCCUGACCAAGUAGAUUAUUUUAAAAAUUAGAGUGAAUUACUUUUAAUCAAAAAUUUAUGUGCUAUAGUGGUAAGAUUGUGCUCAAUACAAGUCAGAAAAGUUUCAAACCUACUAAUCCAGUGACAAUUUGAAUUGGUUUUAUAUGUAGAGGAAUACAAUGAAAUACUAAAUAUUUUCACAUAUU